GUGGGUGUAAAACCGAUUUACUUAAGUAAUCAAUUAAUCAAUAAUAUCCAGAUUUGUACACAAUGUUUACACCUAAGAAGCAUUAAAUAUGUCAAGAUACAUGUCUAUGAGUGACACACUGCGCCAGAAAAACGCUGUCGAUGCAGCAUGUGUGGUAAAUGUUGAAGUUGCAGAAGAGAGGAGAGAUCCUGAGAGAUCUGUAAAGUUAUGGUUUGUGGAUAUUUCUGACUUUGGAAGGACAUCACAGUUUUUGUUGCUAUCUACAGCUGUUUUUGCAUCAUAUCUUAUAUAUGGAUAUUUGCAAGAGCUAAUAUUUAGACUUAAGGAGUUCCGUCCAUUCGGUUGGUACCUGACACUUGUACAAUUUCUCUGUUACUUGGUUUUUGGACUUCUUGAAAUGCAAGUGCGGAACAAUUUCACAAGGAAAAUUCCUAUGAAAAUGUAUGCACUGCUGGCCUUUCUGACAGUAGCCACCAUGGGUCUUUCCAAUACCUCUGUGGGAUAUUUGAAUUAUCCAACUCAAGUGAUUUUCAAGUGUUGUAAGCUCAUCCCAGUUAUGGUGGGCAGCAUUCUUAUUCAGGGGAGGCGGUACAACUGUAUAGAUGUCAGUGCUAUGAUGUGUAUGAUAGUGGGACUGAUAUUAUUCACUCUGGCAGACAGUAGUGUAUCUCCUAACUUUAAUACUUAUGGUGUUAUCUUGAUCUCUCUGGCUUUAUGUGCUGAUGGAGCAAUAGGCAAUGUGCAGGAGAAAGCUAUGAAGCAGUAUGAAGCCUCAAACACAGAAAUAGUCUUCUACUCAUAUGGAUUAGGAUUUUUCUACAUUUUAGUUGGUUUACUACUAUCUGGAAAUUUCUUUCCAGCCUUUGAGUUUUGCAAACAGCAUCCUGUACAGACCUAUGGUUAUGGAUUUUUGUUCUCUAUUUCUGGAUAUGUAGGAUUGGCCAUUGUUCUGACACUGGUUAAAACCUUUGGGGCAUUAAUUGCAGUAACAGUGACGACAUGCAGGAAAGCUGUAACAAUUAUUUUAUCCUUUCUUUUCUUCUCCAAACCAUUCACACUCCAGUAUGUCUGGUCUGGAUUACUGGUUGUUUUGGGAAUUUAUCUCAAUGUUUACAGUAAAAACCGUAAAUCUUGGGAUAAAGUGAUUUCUGACACUGUUACGAAAGUGGAAGUCUGUUUCAAAUCCAAAAGAGGAAAUCAUAGACAUAUACUUACUGAUGUUUGAUUGUAGUCAUAUGAAUCUUAUACUUGUCAUGAGUAUGUGUAUAUGCCUAUAAAACCAAGGAACACUAGUCAUAAUGUUUUUAGGCUAACUGAACUUUUUUGAUUAAAAUUUGUCCAUUGUCAGUCCUUUCAUCUGUCUUUGGAUACAUUUUUAACCUCUUUUGGAUUCUGUAGCUAGAUUGGAUCCACAAUAAGAAAUCUAAAUUUUACAAAGAUAUACAGGAAAAAUCUCCAUAUAGUGUAGAAUCAACUCCAUUCAGAUCCAGGUCCCAAGGGUUAAAAUAGAGAUUCAUAGUUUUACAUAGAAAUGUAUUUAUUUCUCAAGAACGUAAAAAGAUUCAAUUUCUCAUCUUCAAGCCUCGUUAUACUAUAAAUUAAAUCUUAGAACCAUGUUCUGUAAGUUAAUACAGGUAGUUACAAUAAGGGGUUUCAUCUACAUAUUUAUUUGUGACUCAGGUGAGUGUUAUGGCCCAUGGAUCACUAGUUGUUGCCUUUGAGGGUGAAUUUCCAGAGCAGUAUUAUAUAUUUAUACACAAUUAAAGAACAUAUGUUUCCUAUAUAAGCUAGUUAACUAUUGUAAAUAUUAGUUCUGCAAAAUUUUCCAUCAAGUGACAUGAAUAAGCUUGCAAGAAUUCACAUGAUUCCAAAGAAUCACUUUAUAAUUCAUAUAGUACUAUCUACUGAACAAAGACUAAAACAAUUUUUCAUUUAAGAUGUCACAAUAUUCCACUCUAAUAGAAUACUUCACAGUAUUUAUUGUUAUUAUUCUGUGAGAAUCUCUAAUAUUGAUUUGGAUACUUUUUACUUCAAAUCACUUAUUUCACUUUCUUAUUUUUGCUUUUAUCUUUUAGUGAAUACCUGAUGUUGGUUAUUAUUAACGAAGAUGACCAUUACUUUUUGUAUUAUUAAAUCUCUUGCCAUUUUUAUAUCCAUAUUCUUUCUGUAUUUUGUUAUUUUGCAAAAUAUAUUUUUGUUUGAAUUUUUACUUUAAUACUUAAUGGAAACU